GGCGGGGGCGGAUAGCUGAGGGAAGAGAGGGCACCCUCCAGCGCCAGGGUGCAUUGUGGGAAGGAGGCGGUAGCGUCCCGGGCGGGCUGGAGGUGCAGCAGCGGCGGCGGCGGCGGUAAAUCCUCCCGGCCGCACACAGCACUGUGGAGCCGCGGCCCCAGCCCAGCCUCGGCCCGCGCGCCCCUCCUGCCCCUCGCGGCUUCGCGCGCCAGCCCCUCCUCCGCGCGCGGCCUUGCGGAGCCGGCCGGCCGGCCCAGCUCCCCUCCCCGGCCCCGCGGGGCGGCCGCGCUGCCCUGACGAGGCGGGGAGGGGAGGGCUGGACCGGCCGGCGGCCGGACGACCAUGCCGAACUUCUGCGCUGCCCCCAACUGCACACGGAAGAGCACGCAGUCUGACCUGGCCUUCUUCAGGUUCCCGCGGGACCCGGCCAGAUGCCAGAAGUGGGUUGAGAAUUGUAGGAGAGCAGACUUAGAAGAUAAAACACCAGAUCAACUAAAUAAACAUUAUCGACUUUGUGCCAAACACUUUGAGACCUCUAUGAUUUGUAGAACUAUGCAUUUUGCAGAGGCAUCAGAAAACUAAAGAAUGAUUGGGUUAUUUUAUUUCUCAAUAUUAAUUGAAGCAGAUACUUGUGAAGUCAUUGGGAGAGUCCUUAUCGGACAGUCCUUCGAGAUAAUGCAAUACCAACAAUAUUUGAUCUUACCAGUCAUUUGAACAACCCGCAUAGCAGACACAGAAAACGAAUAAAAGAAUUGAGUGAAGAUGAAAUCAGGACUCUGAAACAGAAAAAAAGUAAGUGAUAGUGUUAAUGACUCAGCUUCUCAAGGCCUUUUAAGAAGGCCUUGACCUGUUGAGGAGACUUCUGAACAAGAGCAGGAAACUAACACCAAUGCUCAGAACCCCAGUGCAGAAGCGGUGAACCAGCAGGAUGCAAAUGUGCUGCCUUUAACCCUUGAAGAGAAGGAGAACAAAGAGUACCUCAAGUCUUUAUUUGAGAUUCUGGUUCUCAUGGGAAAGCAGAACAUCCCCUUGGAUGGGCACGAGGCUGACGAGGUCCCCGAGGGCCUCUUUGCCCCAGACAACUUCCAGGCGCUCCUGGAGUGCCGCAUCAACUCUGGCGAGGAGGUCCUAAGGAAGCGCUUUGAGGCCACAGCGGUCAACACAUUAUUCUGCUCUAAAACUCAGCAGAGGCACAUGCUGGAGAUCUGUGAGAGCUGCAUUCGGGAGGAGACUCUCAGGGAAGUGAGGGACUCACACUUCUUUUCCAUUAUCACAGACGAUGUGGUGGACAUAGCAGGAGAAGAGCACCUGCCCGUGCUGGUGAGGUUUGUCGAUGACGCCCAUAACCUGAGAGAGGAGUUUGUGGGAUUUCUGCCGUAUGAAGCUGAUGCGGAGAUUUUGGCUGUGAAAUUUCACACUACAAUAACUGAGAAAUGGGGAUUGAAUAUGGAGUAUUGUCGUGGUCAGGCUUACAUUGUGUCCAGUGGAUUUUCUUCCAAAAUGAAAGUUGUUGCUUCAAGACUUUUAGAAAAAUAUCCCCAGGCUGUCUAUACCCUCUGUUCUUCCUGUGCCUUAAAUGCAUGGUUGGCAAAGUCUGUCCCUGUGAUCGGGGUGUCCGUGGCUUUAGGAACCAUUGAGGAGGUCUGUUCUUUUUUCCAUCGAUCACCACAGCUGCUUUUAGAACUUGACAGUGUAAUUUCUGUUCUUUUUCAGAAUAGUGAAGAACGGGCUAAAGAACUGAAGGAAAUUUGUCAUUCCCAGUGGACAGGCAGGCAUGAUGCCUUUGAAAUCUUAGUGGAUCUCCUACAAGCACUUGUCUUAUGUUUAGAUGGUAUAAUAAAUAGUGACACAAAUGUUAGGUGGAAUAACUAUAUAGCUGGGCGAGCAUUUGUCCUCUGUAGUGCAGUGACAGACUUUGAUUUCAUUGUUACCAUUGUUGUUCUUAAAAAUGUGUUAUCUUUUACAAGAGCCUUUGGGAAGAACCUCCAGGGACAGACCUCUGACGUCUUCUUUGCAGCCAGCAGCCUGACUGCAGUACUGCAUUCACUUAAUGAGGUCAUGGAAAAUAUUGAAGUUUAUCAUGAGUUUUGGUUUGAGGAAGCCACAAAUUUAGCAACCAAACUUGACAUUCAAAUGAAACUCCCAGGGAAGUUCCGGAGAGCCCAGCAAGGUAACCUGGAAUCUCAGCUAACCUCUGAGAGUUAUUAUAAAGACACUCUCAGUGUUCCAACAGUAGAGCACAUUAUUCAGGAACUUAAAGAUAUUUUCUCUGAACAGCACCUCAAAGCUCUGAAAUGCCUAUCUCUGGUACCCUCAGUGAUGGGGCAGCUCAAAUUUAACACAUCAGAAGAGCACCAUGCUGACAUGUACAGAAGUGACCUACCCAACCCUGACACGCUCUCUGCCGAGCUUCACUGUUGGAGAAUCAAGUGGAAACACAGAGGGAAAGAUAUCGAGCUCCCGUCCACCAUUUAUGAAGCCCUCCAUCUUCCUGACAUCAAGUUUUUCCCUAAUGUAUAUGCUUUGCUGAAGGUCCUGUGUAUUCUCCCUGUGAUGAAAGUUGAGAAUGAGCGCUAUGAAAAUGGACGGAAGCGUCUCAAAGCAUACCUGCGGAACACUCUGACAGACCAGAGGUCAAGCAAUUUGGCUUUGCUUAACAUAAAUUUUGAUAUAAAACAUGAUUUAGAUUUAAUGGUGGACACAUACAUCAAACUCUAUACAAAUAAGUCAGAGCUUCCUACAAUUAAUUCAGAAACCAUUGAAAAUACCUAGAAGAUUUUAAAAAUGGCUGUUAUCUUAUUUUGCUGUUUGGAAGAAAAGCUGUAAGGUAUAGUAGGCCAGAUAAUGACUUGCUGAUAGACCUCCAGUUUAACAUACUAUUAGCUAUUGGUAAUCCACGUGUUUAAAUGGCCCCUGUUUGAACACUCAUGCUUUCAAUACCUGUCUGUUCUUCCAGAAGUUGGCAUUAGGAGUGCCAAAAUACCUCUGCUGGUGGCACUCUGAAAAUGUUUUACUUAAAAGUCGUUUUAGGGGCUGGAGAAAUGGCUCAGCGGUUAAGAGCACUGACUGCCUUUCCAGAGGUCCUGAGUUCAAGUCCCAGUGACCACAUGGUGGCUCACAACCAUCUGUAAUGGGAUCCGAUGCCCUCUUCUGGUGUGUCUGAAGAGAGCAACAGUGUACUCAUAUACGUAAAAUAAAUAAAUCUCUUAAAAAGUCAUUUUAGAUAUGACAUUAUCACUGUCGAUCCAGUUGUCAGUUAUUAAGUUAUCAGGUCUUUGGAAAAUGAAUUUUGUGAGAGAAAUACAUUUUAUAAUGUGUCAUGAUGAAAAACACCAUUGACUUUGACUUGGAGUUUCAGGUGUUUCCGAGCUGUGGUAGCAGCACUUGGGAGGCAGAGGCAUGAGGAUGACAGGCUUUAGGCCUGGACCACAUAGUGAGCCUGCUUCAAAGAACGAGUGAGGGCUGACUGGGGUGGAGCCUAGUGUGGAGCUCUUGCCUCAGUACUCAAAAGCAAAAAGAACAGCAAAAGUCACAGGAAGUAACGAGCAGCCUUCUGUGUAGAUCCUGUCAGGGCAGAAGAACCUCAAAGGAACAAGUUACAGUAGCAGAGCCAGCCCUGCUGCUCCUCACUUGAUUGCUGCUGUUUGCAUUUCUUUGCUGAGCCCACAUUUUCAUAGGCUUGUUUGCUAUUCACUUGUGCUUCAUGGAGAAGAAAGACCCAGAGGCCAUCCCUAUAGGCAGCUGACUUGUCUGUUGUCUCCUUACAUGACUGUGUCUGCUGCCUUGGCUCGGUUAUAAGCAAAACCUACAGAAAUAAAUGUUUUGUGGUUUAUCUAAAAAUAAUACAGAAAAUAUUGCUGUUAUUUUUGGUGAAUAAAAUCAAUUUUGUAUAGUUUAUUUCAACCUAAAUAAAAUGUGAAUUUUGUUUAAA